CCCCGCCCCGUCCCGGGCCGGCCUCACCGCCGCCUGUGUUGCAGGGCGGAGUGUCAGGAGCAGGUGAACAAGUUCCCCUCCUCCAGCUUCAAGAAGUUCGCCACUGAGAGGGACGCCUGGGCCUUCGUGCGCGGCGGCCUCCCGGAGCAGGAGCAGCUGCUCGAGCCGGCAGGGGCUCAUGGUCUAGCUGUAACACAGGAAGAUAGUAGCCAGAGAGGGGAACCAGAAACAAACGUCCUGUGUUGCAAUACGUGUAAAAGGCCAUAUGAACAGUCUACAAACGAAGAACAUGGUGCAAAGCGGAUAAAACAGGAUGAAGUAUACUCAGUGCCAACAGUCAGCGAAGAUAAAUUUUCAUAUAUGGGUGAUUUUGUAGUUGUUUACACAGAUGGUUGUUGCUCAGGGAAUGGACGUAAUAGGGCACGUGCUGGAAUAGGUGUCUAUUGGGGACCAGGCCACCCUUUAAAUACCAGUGAAAGACUUCCUGGACGGCAGACCAAUCAAAGAGCAGAAAUACAUGCAGCCUGCAAAGCAAUAGAGCAAGCAAAGAGUCAAAACAUCAAGAAACUCAUUAUCUACACUGAUAGCAAGUUCACUAUUAAUGGUAUUACAAGCUGGGUUGACAACUGGAAAACAAAUGGCUGGAGAACAAGUUCAGGAGGAAGUGUAAUAAAUAAAGAAGAUUUUGAAAGACUUGAUAAUCUAUCAAAAGGCAUAGAAAUUCAGUGGAUGCAUGUUCCUGGUCAUGCUGGCUUCCAAGGAAAUGAAGAAGCUGAUAGACUAGCAAGAGAAGGAGCUAGCCAACCGAAGUCCUGACGUGCUGGCACUAGAAAUUGUUUCAGUGGGAAGAAAAGGGCAAACAUCACAAUAACAACUAGAACUGCCGUAAUUGUUUCGCAAUUGAACUUUGAACUGUACUUCUUUCGGGCCUGAGUGUUGAACAUAUAUACCAACUUCUGAGGAUCAAGAGCCCACACUGUCUUCUGUAGUGUUUGUUUUAAAAUCGAGUCAGUGUUUAGUUGAAGAUGCAGAGCGUUUCCUUUUUCUCUGUCUUGCUGAAGGGCCAUGGUCAGUGGUUUUAGCUAUCUUGUAGACUUAUGAAUUCACCACAAAGACAGACUUCUGAAGAAGUAAUAUUAAAUCUUUAUUCUAAA